GCUCUGCAACCUCAGUUUAGAAUAGGAACUUCCGUAUGAGUUAUUAGUGAUAGUGGAUGGCGUCGUGUGGCGAGGGAGCACUGAGCGUGGGAAAUUAUCCUUGAACAAGGAAACCGGUCUGCCCCUUUCCGUGCUGCGUUGCACGAGCAAAGCCCGACGACUUGAUCACCAUAUCGCUGCUCUCCAUCCUUAUAAACCUAUGGCUGCUUUCUGUUGACCAUUACACCGACUGAUUGACCCGCCUUGGCUCGCUCCAUGGCGGCCGCACAGAAACCCUUGCCCUCCGUACCGCCUCGACCACACAUCAACUCGCUUCAAUCAAGACCGGACACGGUACUCACUGUUCCAGCUCAAGAGCAUCUCGCAAAUUUCAUCAGACGCGCACUAGAGGAGGAGUUCACUGAGAUAGCGCGGGAAGGAUGGGAGGACGCGCUAAUGGCUACGCUUGGUGAAGUGGGGGAGGCGGUGACCAGGAAUGGGUGGUUAGCUGGAGUGAAGAGGACAAGGGGGAUGCGGAAGAAGAGAAGGGAUGAUGCAGUGUCCAAUGCGAGGAGAGAGGAGCGGGAGAAGGAGGAGCUGGCGGCGAAGGAGAAGGACGCGGAGAGUCGGUUUCGGACGAGGUCCAAGGGAACUGCUUCCACGAUGGAAUUGACGGGGGUGAAGGAGAAGGACCCUGAUCCAGAGGAGGCAGCGGCACGUUCGCGAAUGCAGUGCGAAUUAGCCAUCCAACAGCUUCGAGAACUUGCGACGCAGUCUGUCUCGCCUUCGCCCAAGCCUCUUGCCAAACACCUCUUGCUCACUCUUGUCCCUCUGCAUUCCAACGCACACACUCGUACACCCUCUGACUACGAGGUAAUUCCGCAGGGUCCAAUUUGCACCUUUGCCCCAGGAGUGUAUUCACUGCCCAAGCCUGGUUCCGAACUGGAUCCUGACACCAUUUCCCGGCUCGUGUUGUUCGGUUUCAAGGAAUGGGAUGUCUCACAUCCAGAGGAUGCACUUCAACUCGUCGGAGGUACCUUCACUCUCAAGGGAACGCUCUCCGCUGCGCAUCACGAUACGCUGUCCAAGAUUCUGCGUGUCGCUAUUUAUCUUCAUCUUUCUCUCCUCCUCGAACAACAUUUCCUCUCCGACUCGCAUAUUGAAUUAGAAUUCCCAAAACCUGCACAUCCUGUCAUCCCUUCCGUCCCCAUGGCCGUCACCGUCUCAGCCGAGUCUGCCCAAAGACCCGCGUCCUUCAACGACCACAAGCGCAAGAACCGUGACUCGCCUACCUCAACCCUCUGGAACUUCUUCUCGAAAAAGACGGAACGGCUGCUGCAGCGCACGACCACCCUCAGUCCCACUUCGUCUCCUAGGUCAUCUCUAGACUUCCCUCGUUCUCCGACGUCGCCCAUGGCGCCACCAGUAUCAGCUGCUCGCGUUUCUGAAGAUCGUCCUCGUCGAGAACGUCGGUUCUCAUUAUUUGGCCCCACGCGUGCGCCUCCACAGGUCGCUGCUCUACCACCGCCCAAUUCAGAGGACGAACCUCCAUUCCAGACUGCACUUCGCCGGAUAGAGGCGAGCAAGACCUUGCUUUCCAGUUCGCCCGGCAUUAUCUUCGUACCACCAGUGCUUCUCGUGCGAUUGGCUGAGAAGGAGAAGGAACGGCCGACGCGAAAGUUGACGGGAGAGGAACGGACAGGGUUAAGCAGUAUUCUAGGAUGGGACGGUAAGGACUCGCGGGGUCGCGGCAUGGCUGGCAUACCUGGUUUUGUCCGGCAGCAGCGAUUGUCGGUGCUGUAUUCUGAGCAUGUCCCAGCUCUACAACCGAAGACCUCCGAACCGGCCGAACCUUCAGCGAUGGAACGGACGAGGUACCUGAGAUGCGGCCCAAGGGCGAGGUGGGACACCGCUCUGUAUUAUGGCUCGGGUUCGGACUCACUUGGUGAGGUGGUCGUGGAUUUGUGUGGCAAGGCGGAUGAACCUUGCGAAAGGUUUGGGUGCCAGUCUUCGCAAGGUCAGCACGAGAGGAGGUGGAUCCAUGAUGGGGUGAGGAUUGUAGCGAGGGUGAGCUCGACCGAAGCGAAAGGUAAUCACGUCGAGCCGCCGAAUGACGAGCAUGUUAUGAUGUGGCAAAGUUGUAGGGAGUGUGGCGAGACGACCGCACGGUGUAGGAUGACUGAUGGGACCUUUUUGUUUUCCUUUGCCAAGUUUCUCGAGUUCUUAAUAUACUCUCCGGUAAUUUGCACGAUUAUACCCUCGUUAUGUACGCACACCAAUGCCUCCCCGAAACCAUGGACAUCUUCACCCUCGUCGUCUUCAAUUCCUUCUGCAUACGCCAAAGUUCCAUUACCAUCGUCUCGUUUCAAUAUCCUUCGCCAUUUCUCGUUCAAAUCGCAUACUGUCUCGUUUACCAUCUCACCUAUCGAGGACAUCUUUGAGCUGCGGGUUCCGAGGUUGCAGAUCACGAGAGGGACCAAUGGAGCUGACAAGUUGACGGAGAAGGAUAGGGUUGGGGAUUUGACUGUUUUCCAGAGAGCCAGUGUUGAGGGCGAUGUGGAGAAGAGGGAGUUGAGGAAGGAGAUUAAUGGAUGGUGGCAAGGUGUGGCGGAGCAUCUAGACAAACUAGAAUUGCAACUUUCCGAUCAAGACCCAAAAUCAUUCCAUAAAAGUCUUCCACGGUUACCCUCCGCCGACGAGGCUUACGAUUCACUAUCCGUAGACGACUCUUCCAUCACUCCCCUCGCCACCCCCCGAGCUGGCGUAUCUUCCCUUCCUUCGACUAUGCCCCCCACACCUGCAAGCGAAGACAAAGGCUCUUUUAUUUCCGCUGACACAGUCAAGUUCUCUUCCGCCUCCGAUUCGCAUUCCCUCUCCGGUGAAUCCAGCCACUCAAACGCAAGCUCUACCGACUCCAUUACCCUCCUCGCGAGCAUGCGCCACACAUUCCAGAGAACCGAGCAAUCGCUGUACGCUCAGCUUUCGCAAACACCCAACGCAACGUUGAACAAUGUGAGGCGCUCGUUCCAUUCGGCAGCAGUUGGUGCGAAUAAGAGGAUGUCCGCUUGGGAGACGAAACAUCUACCGAAAGCCGCGAGGGCGGUAUUUUCGAAGGAGAGGGAGGCUAUGAAGGAGCCAAGGUGGUGGGAGGCGAAGAGCCACGCUGUGCCCAAUGGGAAUGUGAUCGUGAAGGAGGACGACUGGGGGAGUAUCAUCGCGUUUACGCUGAGUUCGACUGACUAUCAACAUGAGCUGGCGAAGUUGUCGCUUCCUCGUGGAGUCGCAAGUCCUGCCGCACCUUCGUCCCCUACUCCUGGCUUACCUUCGUCGCCCCCUGCUUCAACUGCUGCUACUUCAUCAUUCAAGUUCUUCUCAUCACCUUCGAAACCUAAUCCGGAUAAGGAAGACACCGUGUGGCACGAACCCGAAUCAUGUUCAGCUAUCAUAACUCGCAAAGAACACCCUCGAGAUCCUUCGUCACUCCUCUCCAUUCGAGACGUGCUACGGAAUAAAGCACCUUUGGACGUCACUGCUGGCCUCCCAUCGUCCAUGUUCACAGCUUUUGGUUCCCUGUCCAAUCGAAACAUCAGUAAUCCGCCACCUUCCGCCUGGGCCAAACCUGCCGUCGAGCUUGAUACGCACGCUGCCGACGGGCACGUCUCUGCCGUUGGAGAGAAUUCUGAGACUGCGGGCAAGAUACUUCAGGAUAUGGAGAGUGGUUCGGCGGUGACGAAGGGAAACAUUUCGGAUCUGGAGGGUUCUGCAUUCGUAGAGGCGAAUAUCCGGAGGGGAAAGACGUCCUCGAUUAUUUCUACGGAGAGCAAUAGUACGGUUGGGCCGGAGACUUCGACGUCGGUGUCGUCGAUUGAGUUUCCAAGUGUGCCGCCGCCGUUACCGCCGAAGAGUCUUGAUGUCGUGGAUGAAUCUCCCGAGGGAUCGUCAAAACCGUCGCUUGGGACGUCUUCGACUGGAAACAGCGACACUCAGAUCACUAGUCCUGCGUCUACCGCCAACUCAAACGUCCACGCCCCGGUCCCUUCCGCUAAUGACGCCGCGAAUGUAUCCCUCUCUUGGACUAAUACGCUUACUCAAGCUAUGCGUUCCAUGCUGAAACCCGUCGAUGUACCUCGUACCCCUUCUCCUGUCUCCAACUUCAAGAGACACCACGGUCUACUGUCCACCGACCCACUUCUGAUCGAUGAACGGCCGCACAUCAAAUACGACUGGACGAUUGGGAAGCGGUUGAAGUUUAGUUGUACGGUGUAUUAUGCGAAGCAGUUCGAUGCGCUCAGGAGAAGAUGUGGAAUCGAUGAUAUUUUCGUGAAGAGUAUGGCAUGGAGCGAGAAUUGGAUGGCGGAUGGUGGAAAGAGCAAGAGUAAUUUCUUCAAGACGGGGGAUGAUAGGUUUAUCAUCAAGACGCUGGUCAAUGCGUGGAACGUGGCGGACUUGCAGGUGUUAAUUGAGCUUGGACCGUCGUAUUUUCGGUAUAUGGAGUCGACGUCCAACAGGGCUUCUAUUCUGGCGAAGCUCUUGGGCUUUUAUACCGUCGAAGUGCGGAACCUUGAGACCGGGACUGUACAGGCGAAGGCGGAUCUUCUCGUCAUGGAGAACCUCUUUUAUAACCAGAAGAUUGGCAAGACUUUUGACUUGAAGGGUAUACAGGGGAGGAAGGUCAAGGCUAAUACCAACGCUUCAACGUCAAAGACACUGUUCGAUGGAGAGUGGAUGGAAGGUCAAGAGCGUGCUCUCACUCUCGUUCACCCACACUCGAAAGUCGUACUUCAAGAAGGUAUCAAGCAUGACUGCGACUUCCUCACCAAGAGUAACAUCAUGGACUACUCGCUUCUUCUUGGGAUCAACGAAGAGAAGAAGGAAAUUGUAUGCGGUCUGGUCGACACGAUUGGAAGCUACACCUUCGCGAAGACAUUGGAAUACAAAGCCAAGCAAGGUCUCGCUGGCACAGGCAAAGACGUCACCGUCAUUCCUCCGAACGAGUACGAAGAACGGUUCGUUUCGUCUAUGGACAGUUACUUUGUUGCAUGUCCAGAUAAAUGGUCGAAACCUCCCGACGACAAGAAACUUCCUCACGACCCAAUGCAGCUCUCCAGUGUCCUAUGAGUAGUCCACUCACGCGUCUGACUCUUCUCUCUCUUUGCUCUCCUAUGUACUCUUGCUCUCACUCUUUUUUCGUCACUCGUCACGCCUUGCAUCGCAUCGAUUAGCAAUUGUUGUAAACUACAUUCCACUGCACUGAACUUCUGUAUACCGCAAUCUUGUUGUCAUUCAUGCUCAUCUUCAUUUCCU